AUGUCAGAAGAGGUUCAAAUCAAAAAUGCUACUUUAGAAGAGUUGCGCGAUGUACUUAUAAAUAAAACCAAUGACAUCGCUUUAGCUGAUAGAUUUAGAGCUUUAUUCAACUUAAAAUCGAUAGGAUCAGAUGGCGAUGAUAAAGAGGCCGCUCAUAAGGCAAUAAAAUACAUUGCAGAAGCUUUCAAGGAUGACUCGGAGUUGUUGAAACACGAAGUGGCUUACGUUUUGGGUCAAACCAAGGACUUGUAUGCCGCUCCAUUUUUGAGAGAUGCCUUGACUGACGAAAACCAACAAGUUAUGGUCAGACAUGAAGCUGCUGAGGCUUUGGGAGCUUUAGGUGACGUUGAUUCCUUGGCCUUAUUGGAAGACUAUUAUAAAAAUGACCCUUCCUUGGAAAUCAAGCAAACUUGUGAACUUGCCAUUGAAAGAAUUAAGUGGGAAAACUCAGAACAGGCCAAGAAUGAGAAAUUGGAAAAGUCGUUGUAUGAAUCAAUAGACCCUGCUCCUCCAUUGGCCACAGACUCCAACACAUCCGCUGUUUCGAAACUACAAGAUAUUUUGAACGACCAAGAAAAACCAUUGUUUGAGAGAUAUAGAGCUAUGUUCAGGUUGAGAGACAUCGGUACCGAUGAAGCUUGUCUAGCUUUGGCGUCCGGUUUUGAGGAUACAAGCGCGUUGUUCAAACAUGAGAUUGCUUAUGUCUUUGGUCAAUUGUGUAAUCCUGUCACCGUUCCCUCGUUGAUCAAAGUGUUGAAAGACGAAACUGAAGCUGGCAUGGUCAGACACGAAGCUGCUGAAGCUUUGGGUAGUAUUGCUACUGACGAAUGUUUACCUGUGUUGAGAUCAUUCCUCAACGAUCAAGAACAAGUGGUGCGUGAUUCAGCAAUUGUCGCUUUGGAUAUGUACGAAUAUGAAAACUCCAACGAGUUGGAAUACGCAACUGUUAAUUAG